AAUUGACCGCCAUGGCGGCACAUGGAGUGAAAAGUUGAACGGUGACUUCUGCUGUGUUGGAAUUUUUAUCAACAUCUCGUCGACAAAAAUGAGUUCAAGACUUUGAAAUGACACUUCCCUGGUCUGGACCACAUUCCUGUGAGGAGAAGAUGAAGGUGCAAACUCCAUGCAUGGCUGAGUGCAGAGGCGUUGUAAAACUCUGUGGCUACUACUCCCAGGGACAGCAGUGGAAGUCUGGGAAAAUCACUGUGCAGAACCGCGAUGGAGUUUGGUGGUGCUCCAUGACAUUUGAUUGCAACAGGACAAACACACCAGUGGCUCAAAUCAGGAUUAGGAAAAAUGUAAUUAAGAAGUUGAUCUGUAAGAGUCGUCUAAUCGUGGAAUUCAGCAACGGUCAGACGUUCCUCAUGAACCAAGCUAAAUCUGACAAAAACCUCCGGGCUGUGACGCAACUUCUGUCGGAUUUGAGCUCGGGACUGGUGGAAAUUUCUGCCCCGGGGACACCACUGGCGAACGCAAAAACGAACACUGUUACCUCACCAACUGAGAAGACUCAGAGUGAAAGCCCAAAUUUCACAAGAAUGAAGGAACCCAGGUCGAAAUCCAGCUGGGAUACGGAGGCUGUUGUGGACCUUGUCGCCCAGGAUCAUGUGGAAAAAGAAAACACAAAUUUCAGUGCUAAGAAAGCCCAGUCAUUAGAGUUUCUCAACCGUAGUGCAGAGAAGAGCAGGGAGACCUUGAAGACCAUUGGCUCGUCCAGUUUCUACAGCAACAAGACUCAAACUCCCCUCAGUGAUAGAUCAUAUGAAUCGUUGUCCUCAUACAGCUCAACAAAGCGCACCCCAGGCCUAAUGCCAGACCCUACACCCAGUAAGCUGCCUCGUCUCUCUAAUGUGUCCUACUCCUGGACCAAGAACAAAACCCCAACUCUCUCCGAUUCCAAAAACAGCUCCAGCUUACAAGGAUUUUCCAAUUUGGGAAACACAUGUUACAUGAACGCCAUCCUUCAGUCAUUGUUCGCCCUGGAAACCUUCAGCGUGGAUUUGCUCUUGUCCAACAGACGUCUUCUCCGCUCUCUGUCAAAGGAGUCUUUGUAUCAUAAUUUAUCUAAACUCCUGAGUGCAAGGAAGAAGAUCAAUGUCGCCGACAGUGUUCGCCGAGAUUUGCUGCGAAAUGUCAAAACCGCUAUAUCAUCCAGUGCUAAAAGAUUUUCUGGCUACCAACAACAUGACGCCCAUGAGUUCCUGGGACAGGUGUUGGACCAGCUUAAAGAGGAGGUGGUCAAGAUUAACAAAAGCACCCCCAGCCCUAACAAAGAGGCAUCGGCUGAAGAGUUGACAGUUACAGGUCAAGAGUAUGUCAACCCAACGAUCCAGAAUUUUGAGUUUGAAGUCCUUCAUACACUUAAAUGCACAGAAUGUGGAGAAACUGUGACGAAAACGGAACAGUUUAAUGACCUCUCCUUGGAUUUACCUCAGCGAUCUAAUGCAGAUGAGCCUCAAACAAUUCAGGAUGCCCUUGACCUGUUUUUGAGGGAAGAGCAGCUGGAAUAUACCUGUGCAGAAUGUGGCUGUAAACAGUCACAAGUUUUUCAUUCAUUUACGCGCUUGCCAAGAGUAUUAAUCGUCCACCUAAAGCGUUAUUCGUACAGUAUUGUGGGGAGCAACAACACCAAGAUGGGUCGCAGCGUGUUCAUCCCUGGAUAUCUCACUCUGCAGUCCUUCUGUAACCAGGAAACACAGCCACCAUUUCAACCAGUCAUACCCCCAGCCAUACCACCAAGUCCUGCAGCAUCUACAGUAGCACGAGACGUGAACAAGGAGGACAAUAAGACAGAUGUCACACGACGGAAGUUAGACUAUACAGGGAAUAGAAACAGUGGAACAUUUCGCAGGGUUCGCUCUGCUCCUAGCACUGAUUCAGACGACGAAACUUGGCUGGCACUGGAGAAAAAACCACGUCUGGAUUUGUCAGGCGACAUCAAAGUACCACCGGAGGACGACGAAUUGGUUCAUGCAUUAGAGAUGAGUUUACAGGGGUCAAAGGAUAACGAGCCCGAAGUCGAUGUGAAAACAGAGACAACAACAACAUUGUCAUCAUCUACAUCAUCAUCAUCAUCUGCUAAGGAAACUGAGGAGUUGACAGAGGAGGAGCAGAUACAGAAAGUCCUGGAAAUAAGCCGAAUAGAGGCUCACCAGAACUCCACCAUUGACAUGUCGGAUCUAAGACCAGAGAACAUGACGGAAGAGGAAAUGCUGACACUUGCCAUGGAGCGAAGCAUCAUGGAAUCGACCAAUGCCAAGUCAGUGUUGAAUAGUCAGGAGCCAGAGACCACCAGUCUGAAGGACUCGUGUAAAACGUACGGAAAGUCUCAUAGGUUAGAGGUUAUGAAAGAAUGCAGUGCUGAAGUUUUGAAUUCAGCAAACAGUGAUUGGUCGAAAAAGCUCUGCGAUGCGGAACUGGACCAUUCUUAUGGCAGAUCUGUGAGUUCUAAAUCACAUCCAAAAUCAGACUUUCCUUCGGGAAAAAGUGACAAAAGUAUUUUUGGGUCAAGUGUGAAAAGAGGUAGUGAGGUGUCCCUUUACGAAGGACUGGAUAACCUGGCGCUUUCUCCUAUGUGCCGGAACACGUGUGAUAAGCCAAGUCUGAAAGGUGGGGCAAUGGUCGCCGAGAAAACUGAGAGUUACUCGCCUAUGGGCAAAGACGCUGUCAGUGAUGGAAUUUUCUCUGAAGAGGACGAAGUUGUGCUGGUGAAAUAUGACCCUCCGUCUGAGUCCACAUUGCUGACGUCGUCAGCUGUUAAACCAAAAUCGGCAGAAGAGUUGUUUGCAGAAGUCUGUGAUGAGGUAGACGGAGGACGUCUUCCUGAAAAGCGGAAAUCACUCUCCACACAAACUGAUGAUGACUUUCUUGUCUGUCAGGAACCAGAUGAUGAUCUAGAAGACAAGGAAAACAAGACUCCACCGCAGACACACAGCUCAGCAUCAAACACGAGGAGUGAUCCUGAUUGGCUGGUGGAGAGGCAAGAACAAGGCAGCAAGGAACUGCAGGAGGUCACGACCUUUGACCUAGAUGAUGAGGAUGCUGACAUCAGAAAAGCCAAAGAACUGAGUCUUCAAGAGUUGGACAGACAGGCUGACCUGCAGUUGUCAGAAGAUGGUCCCCCCACUCAGGAACCUCCGGCUAUUGUCAGAUCCAAAGAAGAGACAGAGUCUCUGAAGAAACAUUUUGAGGAUGGCCACUUACCUUACUCUUACAAACUCGUUAGUGUGGUCAGUCAUAUUGGCAGUACAUCAUCAGCAGGGCAUUACAUCAGUGACGUUUAUGACUUCAAGAAAGGAGAGUGGUACAGUUACAACGAUUCUCAUGUUACCAAGACGACAGAGGCGGAGAUUAGAAAACGCCGGGAGAGAAGCGGUUACAUUUUCUUCUACAUGUGCAAAAAUAUUUACGAAAACCUCUGGCUGCAUAACAAACUUCAAACACCAAAGAAAGAUUUGAGUGGAACUUGACAAAGUGCUUACAAUCUUGGAGACAUUUUGUCCGUACUGUGUGGAAAAAACUCGCUUCAUCACUUUAUCUCUCUGGAGACAGUGAUGCUUCAGUAUUUUUUGUUAAUCAUAUUGGGAAUAUUACUUUCACUUCUUGGAAAGAGAAAGUGAUAUUAUUUUCCUGGAAAGAAAAAGUGAAACUAUUUUCUUGCAAAGUGAAACCAUUUUGUUCCGAUAUGUGACCUUGCCACUAAGGGACCACAACCUGAUUGGAUUAUUUUUAAAGGUCAUGAGAGCUGAGCUGAACACUUUUGUCUAAACCAGUUUUUAUUUUUUCAAGACUGGUUUUUGAACGGCCUUGAGCAAAGUUAUUCAGAAUCAGUAAAGGAAGCAGCAGAUGAGAUUUCUUAGUGUUUUCAUUUUGACAGUGAAAUGUUUGAUAACCGUUUACACCUGCAAAUAAUUUUUAUUUUUAUGAUGAAUUUAAUUCUUUGGCUCACUUUGGUGAAAAUUGAAUAAAAUUUGUUUUUUCAUUUUUAACGGAUGACUUGUAAUAAUCCUGUUUUCCUGUCACGGUUAUUCUCAUCAUCUCAUUUGUUGUCUUCAGAUUGUCCCAUCAUGUGUCUCAUUUUCCACUAAUGGGACUGCUCAUUUCCACAUUUUCGUCUAGUGGGGUUGUUCUCGGCAACAUUUUCCUCUAAUCAGACAGUUCUCAUAGUCACAUUUUCCUGUUGUUGGGCUGUUCCCAUAGUCAUGUUCUGCGGUAAAGGACACCUUUUCUCACAGGCACAUUCUAUUGUAAUGGGACAGAUACUGUCGUAAUUUUCAUUGUCACAAUUUCCAGUAAUGUAAUUCCUACGCACAUUUUCCAUUAACCUUGUCUCCGCCUUGCAUUUUCCAGUAAUGUUUCCCGUCCAAUUUCCCAGUAAUGUUUCUCCUCCCAUUUCCCAGUAAUGUUUCCCCUCUCAUUUUCCAGUAAUGUUUUUCCCAGUAAUGUUUCUCAUCACAUCUCCCAAUGUUUUUCCUCCCAUGUUCCAGUAAUAUUUCUCCUCCCAUUUUCCAGUAAUGUUUUUCCUCCUAUUUCCCAGUAAUAGUCUUCAUCACAUUUUCCAGUAAUGGUUUUCAUCACAUUUUUCAAUGAUGAUUCUCAUCGCGUUUCCUAGUGAUAUAUUAACCACAUUUCCCAUUAAUGUUUCUCCUCCCAUUUUCCAGUAAUGUUUCUCCUCCCAUUUUCCAGUAAUGUUUUUCCUCCCAUUUUCCAGUAAUGGAACUGUGCUCAGUGUCACAUUAUCCUAUAAUAGAGUUGUCCUCCGCAACAAUUUCCUCUAAGCAGAUUUUCAUAGUUCUAACUGUCGCAUUUUCCAGAAAGGUGACUUCUCAUUCUAUCACUUUCAUGUUCAAUACUACGACAGUAUAUUUGUUAUUUUCAGGAUACACAGACAAUCUUAGCAUAUCUAGGAUCUUUGUGUGUGAAUAUAAAUGACUGAACUUGGGGCAGGACAAAACUUGAACAACAACUGAAUGUGGUUUUAUGGAAUAGAAUAUUUUAAAAACAGACGGUUUCAUGGAUUCUGACAAUUUUGCAGAUAUUUUGGACAAACUGUUAGCAGUGGCAAGACUGGCAAGCACAGAAAAGCGUUAAAAUUGGUAGAACUUUGUUUUCCAACCUUGACCUUUAUAUAUGCUUAACCUUUUCACAUGCUUGCCUGGUGUUUAUUCAAGCAUAUUCUGAACACUGAUAAAGUUGUACUUUUUGCGAAGCCCUGGAAUUGCCAAUCCAAAGAAGGUAGUCUUGUCUCCAAAAAUCAACUGAAAACUGCGUAAUUUGUACUGGAAGUUGUUCUUUCAAGUGCGAAAGCUUUGAAUCAGGGUUGAAGACAUUAUUAUGGCUGGGCCUUUGCGGUUGAAAUCAAGACCUGUGGCAUGACAUUAAACAAUAAUCAGAUAUUUAGCACUAGAAGUAUUUUUCAUUCAAAUAGUUUAAGGCUACUGGUGAAAUAUCAUGUAACUGAAAGUGUGCAAUUUUCAGUGAAGUGAAUAUGGCAUUUGAUAUAUUAAUUCCCAGUCAAUUAUUUUUACACCACCACAAUCUGAAUCAAAUUUCACCAUAUUGUCACUUAAUGAAAUUGUACUUAACUUUUUGAAAGCACUGAUUGUCUGAUUUGUUAAUAAGGUGGCUUUUUCGAAAAAGGCAGCAGAUUUACAUCCUCUAUUAGAAAGGGGAAGAGAUUUCUGUAUCUCCACCCUGAAGAGUUCAGGCUAAGAAAGGGGAGGUAAAUACCAGUGCAGCCAGAUUUUCUGGCUGCUGGUGUAAUGUUGUACAUUGUAUUGUGUAAUACUGAUUGCAUAGUUUAAUAUACUGUUUUCAAAUUAAAUGUCACAUUGAACAUUUGGUAUUAUUCUUAUGGUCAAAAGAAAUUGAU